AUGGCAGACGAACAUGUCGACUUCAAACUCUACCGCUACGAGCCAUCAAUGGCAGCUGCUGUCAUCUUCAUCAUCCUUUUUCUAUUGAUCACAGCAGUCCAUACCUAUCAGAUGAUACGUACUCGGGCGUGGAUCUUUAUUCCUUUUGUUGUUGGCGGCUUCUGUACCUUUCAGCUCUUUACUGACCGACCUCUUUUAGUUCAAUGCAUUGGAUAUAUCGGAAGAGCAAAAUCGUCCGCCGAAUCGCCAGACUGGAAAGUCCCCACAUACUCUUUACAGACGAUCCUCCUGCUCGUUGCCCCGGCCCUAUACGCGGCGAGUAUCUAUAUGAUGCUUGGACGGAUAAUCCUGGUCACCGACGGCGAGGCGCACUCGAUAAUUCGGAAGAGAUGGCUUACAAAGAUAUUCGUGGCUGGGGAUGUUGUAUCCUUCUUGAUGCAAGGUGCUGGUGGAGGCAUCAUGGCGAGCGGCACGGUGAGCGCCUUGAAUACGGGUGAAAGGAUCAUAAUUGGCGGCCUCGUGGUGCAGCUCCUAUUCUUUGGCUGCUUCGUCGUCACGAGUGCAAUCUUUCACAUCCGCAUGCGCAAAUGUCCGACAUCUAGAGUUAUAAUGCAGCCUAUACCAUGGGAGAGGCAGCUGCAGGCGCUUUACGGCGCAAGCUUGCUUAUCCUAGUCCGUUCCCUGUUUCGGUUGAUUGAAUAUGCACAAGGCAACGAUGGAUAUCUCAUCUCUCACGAAGUGUUUUUGUACAUAUUUGAUUCGGUACUCAUGCUGGCGACGAUGGUACUUUUGGCGUGGAUCCAUCCGAGUGAAAUAACAGCGCGGCUGAAAAGUGGUAACGGAAAGGCUGUCCGCAAUGUCGUUUCGGUUUAUUCCCUUACCUCUCUAGCUUGA